CCUCCAGAGGCUUUAAAUGGUCAGACGGCCGAUCAGACAUCAUUUAGGAAGCAGCCGUCACUCCGCUUCAAACAUCGUUCAGAGAGCAGCCGUCACUCACAGGAUACCAAGAUGGAGCGCCUCGUCUGUCUCGCUUUGAUUUGUGUGGCAUCGACUCUGGCAGAAAUCCCGGUGGACCCCAGAGGAGCUCGUCCAGUGGAGCCCGGCACCAGAGAUGAGAAAUGUGCCUCUCAGAGGGAGUGGCCUUUCUGCUCAGAUGACGAAUGGGGUUUUAAAUGUCCGUCCGGCUGCAGGAUUCAGGGUCUGAUGGAUAAAUCUGACCACACCCUGCUGAAGAAGAUCGAGAAGAUCCGCAGCCUGCUGGAACAAAACAAGGCCAAACACCGCUCUGCAGACACGGCGUCCAAACAGACCUACGACUACCUGAAGGACAAGCUCAUCAUCGACUCCGGUAACGAUAACAACUACUACGAACUGGCCCAGAGUCUGCGUCAGAGAAUCACAGACAUGAAGAUCAAGAUCGACAGACAGCUGAGUAUCCUGGCCGCCAUGAAAGACCGCGUCAAAGACCAGGUGGUGGAGAUGCAGCGGCUGGAGGUGGACAUUGAUAUUAAGCUCCGUUCCUGCAAAGGCUCCUGUGCAGGCUACUCUGAGUACCAGGUGGACAAGGAGAGCUACGAGGCUCUGGAAAAGCAGGUCAGCCAGUUGGACAACCAGACACCUAAGGAGUCUGUUGGGACGCUGUACGUGAUGAAGAGCAAGCCACUGCAGGAGGUCUUAGUGGACAGCAUCUACAAGUCCAAGGAUGUGGCCGGGCAGCAGAAAGAAAACCUGUUCCCUGAGGUGCAGGCAGUCCAGUUGAUCCUAACGCGGGAAGGCUCCAGCACAUCCCCAGCAACCAUCUCAAAAGUCUCAGGUACUUCCCUCUCUCCAUCUACAUCCUCAUCAUCGGCCUCCUCAUCCACAUCAGCUAAAUCCACCACUGAGUUUGGAGGAGCUGAUUUAUUUGGUGUAGGUGGCAGCCAUCCAAGCACAAGCCACACAUCCACAUCCAGCUCAACCAUCACAUGCACCAGGCGAACCAAGACCACUGUUGUCCACACGAAGGACGGCCCAGUGCAAAGGGUGGAGCAUGUGAUGGAGGGAGGGCCAGAGUGCCAGUCAAUGGCAGACCUGAGUGAUGGAGGGAUGGACUCCCUCUUUCCAGGUUUCAGCCAACCAUCAUCCUCCUCCUCCUCCUCCUCCUCCUCCUCCUCCUCCUCCUCGUCAACCAGCAACAUCCAGUCUGGUGAUGCCAAGGGCAGCAUCAUGGGAGAUUCCAAAGGAUCACAUGGGAAUACGUUUCACACGACGGGGUUCGAUUUGGGCGGGUUCAUGAUGGGCAAUGGAGAAGAUGACGUCCCUGAUUUUCAAGCUCGGAGUGUGAAGAACACCCGUGUCGAGCGCCAAGCUGAUUAUAUAGGACAAGAUUGCGUCGAAGCCUACCAGAACCACCUGAAAGGGGAAACGAACGGCCUGUUUAAGAUCAAGCCUGGCGGCACAGACUCCACAAAGGUAGUGGAGGUUUACUGCCAGCAGGAGGGGCUAAUGGGAGGGUGGUUGUUAGUCCAGCAAAGGGAGAGCGGCGCGCUCACUUUCAAUCGCACUUGGGCCGAAUACCACAGUGGGUUUGGUUCAGUUGAUGCUAGGGGUAAGGGGGAGUUUUGGCUAGGCAACCAAAACCUCCACCUGUUGACAAAUCAGGGUGAGACCAUGAUGAAGGUGGAGUUGGAGGAUUGGGAAGGGGGCGCUGCCAGUGCUGAGUACACAGUGAGGGUGGGCUCAGAGGGGGAGGGGUACCCUCUGCAUGUGUCCGGGUACACUGGGGAUGCAGGAGACGCUCUGGCAACAUCUCAACCGCCCCACAGCGGGAUGAAGUUUAGCACGUUUGACAAAGACAAUGACAAGUGGCAGAAGAACUGUGCAGAGAUGUACGGUGGUGGGUGGUGGUACAACAACUGCCAGUCGGCUAACUUGAAUGGUAUUUAUUACAAAGGAAGGUACGAACCGGAGAACACGCCGUAUGAGGUUUCAAACGGAGUCGUUUGGGGGACGUAUAAAACUCUCAAUUACAGCCUGAAAAGUGUCCGGAUGUUUAUUCGAUCGACUGCUUUUUAAACAGAGUUAGAGGAAAAUAAGAUCAGAAAAAAAUUCAUUUUUAGUCAUUUAUUUGUCAAAAAAAGCAACAGGAUGAAAAAAAAAGGAACAGCAGGAAAUAAGACUUGAACUCAGCAGUUAAAUAUUUUAGGCCAAAAACCCCCCCAAGGUUAGAUUGAGACCUUUAGACUGUUUCUCUGUCUGUUAAUCAUUCUGAGACUUCCUAACGGUGUCAGUGUGUCUCUCUUUUUGUAAAUGUUAUCGACCUCUUGUAAGAAAUAACUAACCAGUGUUUCCACAGUGGAGAAAUGUAUUUGACUCUGACAAAUCAAUAAAGAUUGAAUGUUCACUUCA